AUGAAUACUGUAGGUACAAAAGUGUUUAAAGAAAUGUGGAAUGAAAUAAAUAUCGCAAAACAAAAUUUCCAUUAUGCAAAGCUACAGCUGGCUAACCUUUACAAUUUAAUGGAAAAGCUAGAAGAUGUAAGAGGACAAAGAGAAUUAUCAUUAAAUGAAGCUAUAGCAUAUCAGAAUUUCAAAAAAACUCAAACAGUUGAGCAGACUGAAUGAAUUGAUACCCCAUAUCAUAACACAGUAUGCUCAAAUGAUGAUUCAUUAUGCCAUGAGCGAUGCAGUCUAGAUUAUACCCCUAAUGCAAAUUCCUCAAUUUUUACUGGAUGUGCAUGUAUGGGAAGUUCGCCUAAUUGCACUGUAUGCAAAUGUGGACACAAUAGUCACUAUCAUACUAAAAGAAUUCCAAGAAAAGUCCAGAAAACAGUUGAAAAUAUUCUUCAUAAUGUUAAAAGACAGCAUGAUUGGCAUAAAGCAAGAGCUAAUCAAUUGCAAAUAGAAGAAUCUAAUUGUGAAAAAGAUUUGAAGAAGGUAGAAAAUUCUAUAGAGGACACAAAAAGAAAAAUUAGAACGGCUGUUCAGAAUUUGAGGAGGGUUGCUCCAAAUUAUAAUAUUGCUGAAGAAAUUGAUGGGGUUCUUCAGCAGGCAAGAAUGCAGCUGAAAAUUGAAAAGCUGCCAAAGCAAAGAGCUAAAACAAGAGUGGUUAUAAAAGUUCUUGAAGAGAUUUAUAAUAAUCUUUUAGGAUAA